GUUGAGACUGACAAAUAGCCCGACAGACAAAGAGUUAUGGAUUCUGGGCACUGGAUGUCUUCAACAAUAUUUACACUGGACUCCUUCCAAUCAAAAAUUGACAUGGAAUUGAAGUUUUUGUGCUCUACUGCAGUGGCAUCAUGUUGCCAUGGUAACCAGAUGGUGUUGCGGCCUGGUAUGUGUAAAAGUAUUUGCCACUAACAGGAUUUGUGCUAUCUUGUCCCUGUUGCGGCGCUGUAAUGGUCUCGCCGGGAAAUAGGGAUACUUGAUAUUGAGAUGGCAUCAGUGAUUGCGCUUAUUACACUUACUGACGCCGCUGUGUCAGACGCCGAAAUGGCCAGACAAGGUGACAACAUAACAUCAUGGCUCCCAGCAAGAGUGCUGACGAGAGCGAUGCCUCUAUGAGGCAGAGACUUGUCAACAGUUUGAGCCAGAGUUUCCCUGGAAGUGCCCUAUCUAAAGCAUUACAGUGUCUGACGGACUCCGAGGAUGAGAUGAAGGCUGAUCCACUGAGCAGUAGUUGUUUCGCUGAGUUGCGGACUGAAAAACUCGAUGUUGAGGAGGAUGACGAGCUGACAAGUUUGUCAUGGUUACAGGACAGUGAUUUGCUGAAGAACAUCAACGCAGGGGAGGGGGCGGAUGAGGUGGAUGGACAGAAGGAAAAUGGGGAAGCGGGCAAGCUGACGCCAGGAUUUUCACAAGCUCAUCCUCCACAUGUUCCAUACAAUCCUCAAAAACAUAUAAACAGCAAACCGCCAUAUUCAUUCAGUUGUUUGAUAUUCAUGGCCAUCGAGGACUCACCGAUCAAGAGGCUCCCUGUGAAGGAUAUUUACAAUUGGAUACUUACGCAUUUUCCGUACUUCCAAAAUGCUCCGACUGGUUGGAAGAACUCUGUGCGGCAUAACUUGUCACUUAACAAAUGCUUUAAAAAAGUGGAAAAGGAUAAGGGUCAGAGUAUUGGUAAGGGUUCACUAUGGUGCAUCGACCCCGACUUCCGACCAAACCUGUUGCAGGCGCUACGAAAGACACCAUAUCAUCCGUAUCACCAGCUUCAGAUGAUGUCGUCCCCGCAGUCAAACAUGCAGCUCCCAGUGCUUCCUCCAGGUUGCCAUCGGCCCUUUCCCUUGUCCCCUCGAUCAGCACCCAACACAAUUUCACCUCAUCUCUUCCCGUUUCUCAGUAAGAGAUUAGCACAGACAGCUUCCGAUAUUGAUAGCGAAAUUACAGAUGUAGCCUACACCUUGGUGUCCUUGAAAGGCUUCAGCAGCAAGAAUUCAUCUGGGAUGUCGUCGGACGGCUCCGAGGGCUCCCGGGAUCCCAGGUUUCGAUACAAGAGAAAGUUCAGGGAUCAUGGCUAUAUACGUCGCCGGCCAUCUGGGCCAAUCAUCUGCACCAACAGUCCUAGUGAGGAUCACACCUAUAGUGCAACAACGGUCGCUCCUGACGAGGACGACUACAUGCCGUCAUCACCCGUAUCAUCCAUUGAUGAUGAGUAUGACUUCGGUCCUGAUGACGACGUAGAGAGUGACUCUCCUAGUUACCAUAGCGACUAUGACUAUGGAAGUGACAUGGAUGAGGUUGAUGGGGAAACAUCGACGCAACAACGGAAACGAUUCCGAGACUGUAAAACAACGGAGGAGGAAGAACAGAAGAAGAUAGUAGAAGGAGCAGACGCUCUCUUGAACUUGGCGGGAAUUAUGACCCACUCUCCCAGGCGGUCCCCUCGGGCUGUGUUGAGCAAGACAGACUUUAAAGCCAGAUCGUCCUCCUCCUAAUGGAGGAUGACUUAUUCAGGUUUUAGCACAGUCUUAUUUCUUUUGAUACCAGAAGAGAUUUAACAUUACAUGGAGAAUUCUAUCAUGGCUUGGGAAGGAUGGACGGACGGACGAACACCCAUGGGUGUCUUGAUGUGAGAAGUCAUGUGUAUUUUGUGGGCAACAGUUGAGAUUCUAAAUCCCAUGGGAUGCAACCAAGAGCAGUAUAAAAGACUCAAAGCAGUUACUCGGUGACUCGAAGAAGCUGAGUGACUGGAUGGGGAAUUGCUGAACAUUUAAGGGGGGAGUUUUCUGUAUUUACAGUGUUGCAAAUGAGUCUUACCAAUUGUUUUAAAUGAUUUUGUUUUCUUAAAGGUGCUCGAAAUAUGUUGGUUAAGGUGCAUUAGCUAGGAGAGGUGCAAUUUAUUUGCUCUGGUUUAUCCCAAGGUUUAUGUUUUGUUUGGAGUUAGAGAUUUUGUUGAUAAUUGAAAAUGUUUUUGUUUUUGUGACUCUUUAUAGUUGGAAAAUAUUUUAUUUUCACAGCAAUUUUCAUCAUGUUUCCAUGCAAGUAGCAUUAGUCAGUACUUUUUAUGAUGUUUCCAAUCAUGGCAGCAGAGAUGGCGGAACUGAAUUAUAAAACCUAUAAAUUUACUCACGCUCAGGGGUACCCUGACUGAAGGUCAUGACCUUUUCAAAAUAACAUAUGCGAACUUGAUGACCUUGCGGGAUGUGGAUACAAGCCACCCAGGAUGCACUUGUACAGUUUUAUACAACUUUGUAGAUAUUUGUUAAAGUGUUAAUACUCCAUUGUUCAUUAACUCAUUAGUAGAUAGUCAAUCUCAUUAAAAUCAGAUCUUAGUUCUCCCUACCGCUAAGCAAAGAUCUGAGGAUAUCCCGUCAUGUCAGAAUAACCUUUCUCAAACUUUGACUGACCAAUGGAAUGACUGACAAGAAGUCAACAUUAGCCAAUCAGAAUGCAGCUUUCUCAUACUUUACUGCACUAGUUUCAAACUGGCAACUACUCUUGGAAACAUUUUGACAAAAGUGGAUUAAAAAUUUGAAAACAGAACAAAAGAAUAUUCUGGAAUGGCUAAUAGAUGGUCCAGAUUGUCUGUAUUCAGUCAUAACGCCAGCAACUGAAUACCCCCAUUUUAAAUUUAUCGAGGGUGCAAGAUAAGAAAAAACAUUCCGACUGUCACGUUCAGGAUCUCGUAAGCGACAUCCUGAUUGGUUGGAUGAAAGGUCAUUCUGACGUGACGUAAUUGGAUGUACUCAGAUCUUUGUUUAGCAGUAGCGAGAACUAAGAUGUGAUUAUGAUGAGGUUGGUAGAUAGUUAAACCAUCUCUCCUGUUGCUUGUUAUUUAGUCUUGUAAAAUGCACGGGAAAGCUGCUGGAGAGGGUGUGUAUUGGUGCAAGGAUGCUCAGUGUCAUAGGGGGGUGGGGUUAUUACAUAGUAUGUAUACAUAGUAUAUACACCAGAUAGUACCAGUUGUGUAACAUAUUAUCCUUAUACCUUGUUGGUAAUGGUCAUAGCAACCUGGCUGACAUUUGUUAUUUCCUUAUGGUAUUGGUUUCGACACUGUAGGUGCUAUAGAUGGUACUGAUGUUCCACUCAGUGCUGGGUGGAGGAAAUACUGAAGUUGUGAAUAUACAUGGUCAGGGCACCUUGGUGACUUAGACUGACCCUAAACGGGAAUUGCUCUGCAUCUCCAUGGAAAUAUGGGCACUUGUAUAUGGUAGGGAGGAAAGCUGGGAUUGCCACAACGAGUCAUGUGUCUUUUAAGGAUAUGUUUUCUUAAAAUUUCAUUUAACAGUGCUACUAACAUGCCUAAUUCUAAACUUAGUAUUUUGUAUUUUAGAUAGAUUCAGAGAUGGUUUUGGGGAUACCAAUGUGGUAUUUUCAGUAAACUGAGAAGAUACACAUCGCCACCAUAGCUGACAUCACUGCAUGCUCAAGCUAAUAUUUGCUGUAUAUCUGCAUAUAUAUUUUAUGUUUGUUAUGAUUUUGUUUUAUGCACUUGACCAACUUGCUUCCAGAUAGCACGCAUUGAAUGCAUCACAUGUUUCAGCUGGUCAUGUCAGUGUUGUCUUUGACAAAACUAGUUAGUAGAACAAGAUCGGUCUACAUUCAAUAAAUGUAUUUUGUACUUGAUAAUUCGAUCUAAAAAUUUGACCCAACAAAGAUUAAUUAGAGAUAUGAAUUUAUCAGGCCAAACGUCUUUACAUGGGGCAACAGGUUUCAUUUGCAUCUAAUAAUACUGUUCUUUUUUAAUACAUCCACUAAACAGCUUCUGCGGUAUAUAUUUUAAUGUGAACAUAUUUAGAAUAGGGAUGGCCCUUCUUGUCAAGGAGAGACCAGUUGACCCAGUGGCUCCAACUCGAAAAGCAGAGUUACCUCUCUUAGCUACCAGGAUUAGCUUGUGGGUUUUCUCCCCAUAAUGACCCUAUGUCUGUCAGUGUUGUGGUUGAUAUCUGCGCUCUGAAAUCCUACACACAGCGAUAUGACUGAAAUACUGUUGAAAGCGGUAUUUCAUCGAACUCAUUCACUCCUUGUCAAAGACAUUCACUGUCGAGUCCACCUCGGAACAUGGAAGUCUGCAGCUGCUGUGAUGUUUAAUGUGCCAACAGCUAAUUAAUCGUGUGUCAAGUCGGUAAUUAUGCCUUAAUCAACGAGAUCUUCUUCCAGUGAACAUUGUAUGAUGUCUGUCCCUUUAUAUCAAAGGCAUCCAUGUCUUCCAUUUGUAGCAUUGUAACCUGUCAACUUAAUGGAAUAUGUAGCUCUUUAGGCAAUUUACAGACACGAUUCAAUUCAGUUAUACUUUAUAUGUAUUUUCUUCAUCUAUUUUCCUAUAUGGACCUUUAUAGUCUUAAAAUUAGUCAAGGGAUAGUUUUAUUCAAAUCUAUGUUAUAAGUUAUGUGUUACAUGUGUAAAUUAAGGGAAACGUGUUUAUGAAGUUUGACGAUUAUUUUACAUUUGUUACACGGAAAAAGUAAGUUGAUGAAAAAUGAAUGUAUUUUAGAUACAUGAUGCAUGUUUUUAACGUUUUAGUGUCUUAGCUGUUUUAUGGUUAUUGGAAUAGACUUGUUUUUGAGAUUAACAAUGUUAAGCUCAAUUAUUGUUUUCUCAGCAUUGUUAGACCGUUGCUAUGCGAGUAUGGCAUAUUUGCAUUCACAAAACCAAGUUACUCUCUUUGUGCAAUAAGCUUACUUCUAGGAAUCAAUCUAAUGCUUUGUAAAAGCACAAAUUUGUUUGGCAAAGUCAAAAGAUCGUGGAAAGACAUUUCUGCGUCAUGGCUCAUAACAAAUCUAUGCAAAAAAAUGACAGGGAACAAGAGAUAUUUUCCUGUCCUUAAUAUAAUACUCUUAAUGAAAAUUAGUGUUUUCUCAGUAAGUUUACACAAGUGAUUUCACAUUAAGCUGCCUGUAUGGUCAGGUUUAAGAAAUUGUCUUUGUGUAGAGUAAGGGAGAUAACUCUUCCCAGUUAUGAUGACCUUGCUUCCUGCUGACAACUUAGGAUGUACUUGUUUGUGUAAAUGACAAGAAUUGACACCAGUUCUUGGACAAAUUCAGGGUAUUUGUCAAUGCAUAGAUCUACAGUGUUUUGUCAUCUAGAAAUUUGUUUAAAUUUGGAAAAUUAUUUUGUUUAUUCAAAGAUCUCAUACCCAUGUAGCUCAAAUUGUUGACAUUUCUAUUGGUGUUUAGUGCAAGUGAGUGGAAACAUGGAACGCUGUGUAAUUUGUCUACUCUGUGGGGAAUAGUUGGAGAAAACACUAGAUGAAAUACAUGGAGUAGAGAGGUUUGAGACACAUUAUUGCCACUGUUACAGUCAGAGUGGGGAAACAAGCUCAACAGGUCUCCGUCGUUUUGUGCAAUAUUUCUCAUCACCAUAUUAGAGUUAUUGUUUACCGUUUAUUAUUCUCCGGUAUUGAAAUCACAACAUCUGUUCUGCGUGCUCAUUAACAUCUGUUCAUGAAUUCUAGUGAGUGACUGCAGCUAACCUUGUUCAGUUUAUUUCCCUACUCCGACAUUGAAUGAUAUUAUAUCACUGCCUCCGAUGAGUACUAUACAAAAAGUGUUCAGUGGAAGAGCUGUUUUGCGCUUUCUUUUCUAAGAAUUUCUACAGCAACGGUUGUCUUAAACCAGUUCGACAAAAAACGGCUCGCUCCAGAUAUUACGCCAAAGUUUGACAAAAUGAGGAGUGCAAUAACUCGAAAUCAUGUCCAUACUGCCUGUACAUUUUAGUUUCCAUGGUAACAUGUUCAUAAAACAUGCCAUUGAAACUUGCAUAAGGCUUCCAUUUUUCACAUUUAUUACUUAAAUCAUGACAUUGUUGUAAACUCCAAAUUUUGUUAAAUCAUUACAGGUUAUUCCUAGCAAUGACUUCAUCUGCAUUACCAUUUAACCUGGUAUACUACUCAACAUGUGUUAGGGACCACACCUUAAGAUGACUAUGUUGAUCCUUAGCAAAUGUUGAACAGUAUACAUGUUAAACAUAGAUCAAGAUCAUGGAUAUUUCAGAAAUGUACCAUGUUGAGUUUAUGAAUAUUUUGUGGCCAAUGACAAUGUUUUGAAAUUUAUGAAUAUUUCUUAUUGUGAUGAUGGUAUACCGAUGACAUCAUUGCUAAUCAAGUUCUCAGUAGCCAGUGCAAUAUGUCUGUCAGGCCAGUCAACUCGCUGUCUGUCUGUCCGUCAGCCAGCCGAGUUACUGGCAAUGCCAGUAUGUCGUGGCUAUGUACAUUUGUACAUAUUCUACACAGACCAAAUAAAGGAUCAGAUUUUCAAACUA